GAACAAGAGCACGGCCGAUUCAACAGAAAAACACACACAAAAACACACUCAAAAAACACACACAAGAUGGACAAAAACAUGCUAGGAGAUCUCGCCUCUCUUCCUCAAGAAGACCAAGCCAAGAUGGCUUCCAUGAUCGACCAGCUCCAAAUUCGAGACAGUCUUAGGAUGUAUAAUUCCCUGGUGGAGAGAUGUUUUACUGAUUGUGUGGACACUUUCAGACGCAAAAGCUUAGACAAGCAAGAGGAAACAUGUGUCAGACGAUGUGCGGAGAAGUUUUUAAAGCACUCCAUGCGAGUCGGCAUGCGAUUUGCAGAACUCAAUCAAGGGGCUCCCACACAAGAUUAAGAAUUGGCCUUUGAAACCUGCAUAUGAUUAAUGUAACAUUUAGCAGUAAGACUUUACUACUACUGUAUCGUGCGGCCGAAUAAUAGAGAGCAAGUUGUAGACUGGGUAUCACAGAAUUUUCCAUCUGUUUUGAGGAUGUCAAUUGUUUUAUACACUCAUUAGCUUUGGAUAUGUUAUCGCAUCAAUACCAGCAGUUAUGGUGCUUUAUCUUUU